AUGGCGGAAGCGGAAGGGAGCUGGCCGCUGCUCGUGCCGCCGGGCAUGGCGGAAGUGGAGGCGGCGGCGGCGGCGGCGGUGGUGUCCGUGGAGACGGCCAUGGAUGGGGAGCGGAACCGCUUCCCCCACUGCGUGGUGUGGACGCCCAUCCCCGUGCUGACGUGGUUCUUCCCCAUCAUCGGCCACAUGGGCAUCUGCACGUCGACGGGCAUCAUCCGGGACUUCGCGGGCCCGUACUUUGUCUCCGAGGACCACAUGGCCUUCGGAAAGCCCGUGAAGUACUGGAAACUGGACCCGAGCAAAGUGUGCGUCAGUGGCCCCAACGCCUGGGACACGGCCGUGCACGAUGCCUCCGAAGAGUACAAGCACCGCAUGCACAACCUCUGCUGUGACAACUGCCACUCGCACGUGGCGCUGGCCCUGAAUCUGAUGCGCUAUGACAACAGUGCCAGCUGGAACAUGGUGAAGCUGUGCCUCUACUGCCUGCUGUACGGGAAGUACGUGAGCCUCGGGGCCUUGGUGAAGACCUGGCUCCCCUUCCUCCUCUUCCUGGGCGUCAUCCUGACCGUCACCCUGACGCUCCACCUGCGGUGAUGGAGCCGCCCCGCUGCCCCGGCGGGGCCCACAGAGAGACGUCAACCCCCGCCACGUCCCGCGGGAGGAAGGACGGAACUCCGGGGAUGCCCCUGCCGGUCUGGAUGUUGGUCCCCGAGCGGAAGGGACUCCCCGAUGGGCUGCCCUACAGCCCAUCGUCAUCAUCUCUUGUCCUUUAGCCACCCUCGCCCACCUGGAGAGUGUCUUCCCAGUCCCCACCCUAGGAGAUCUCCCCUGUAGUAGAGCCCCCCA